AUUAAACAUUCAACUGAUUUAUAAUAUUAUAUUUAACCUAAGACCUUAGACCAUCUUUUAUCUAUUAAUAUAUUUAAAAGUUAUUGUCAAAAUUUAAACAAAAAGUGUAUAACCAAUUAAAGUGCAUAACCUAAAAAGACCUUAUAACCAGUAUCUUAAUUUGUUUGAAAUUUCUACUUAGAAAACCUUUUCUCAACCUUUUUUACAUGGUUUCAAAACUAGAUUUAUAUAAUAUUAUAGGUGUUUUAUCCGCACAUACGGACAUAACUUUUUUAUAAAACUUAUUAAUAAAUGUACUAUUAAUUUAAAGAUCAAAAUGUUUAAAUCAAACUUUAAAUUUUUACUAUUUUUAUGAAUCUUUCAAUUUCUUAAAUUUAAAAUUUUAUUAAUUUAAAAAUAUUAUUUCUUGAUAGCAGUAUUAAUAUUUUUUAUUUUAAAAUAUGGUAUUUAUCUUUACCCAGUUUUUUAUUAUAAAUAAAAAAAUAUAUAAUUGUUAAUAUAAAGUGAUGUUAUGAAACCAAAUUCUUGAAAUUACAAAAACCUACAAAAUCUUAAAAUAAAUCAAAAGCACAAGAAUGUUAAACCGAAUUCAACUUUGCAUAUUAUACUAAUCAAAGUAAAUAAAACUAUUGAUAUAUGUAUAACUAUAUAAUGAAACACUUCCCAUAAUAAAUGAAUAAACAUUCAAAAAGACCAAUCAUGUUUACAAACAAAACAUUAUUAUGUAAUGUAUAAGAUAAGAACAUUUUCUAUCUAUUGUUAUAUUCAUUUCUAAAUGCUAUAAUAGAGAAAAAAAUAUGUUAUAGUCAACCAUGUGAACACAUCUUGUAGCCAAUAUAUCUUCCAAUAAAUCAGUUAUAAUAUUUCAUUAUAUUUUGUGAGCAAUUUAGAAAUGACGUAUUAAUUUUAUAUUCGUAUUUACAUCAUUUUUGGUUGAGUUAUUUGUAACUUAUUUGAUAUUUAAAAAAGCUUCUUUGAUAUUGCAUAUAAUUUCAAUAAUUUAAUUAUUUAGUUUAACAAGAGCAACAACAAAAUAUUCGCUUUUGGAAAAUAUCUUUAUCUCUGCGAAAUCCUCAAAAUCUAGUUCUAAAAACAAAAUCCUCAAAAUCAUUGGCCAUGUGACUUUGUCUAUCAGACAUAUUCACAGCCAUAAAUGCAUAUUAAACUACAUUACCAACGAGUCGGUCCUAUAUUGAGUCAUAAAGACGUUGCAUGGUUAUGUUUAUUAACUAAUAUCGAGAGAGUAAUUAAUCUAAAUAAUCAAUGAUGAUGAAUUUGGCAGCUGAGGAUUACUUGACGAACGAGUACUUGGACACGGUUAUAGAUUUCAUGCCGUCGAUGAAAAAUCUAAAAUUCAAGGACAUUCCUAGCUUCAUCCGAACCACUAAUCCUGAUGACAUUAUGCUUAAAUUUGCCCUACGCGAGACCGAGCGAUCCAAACGCGCUUCUGCUAUCAUUCUCAACACAUUUGAUGAUCUCGACCAUGAUGUCAUCCAGUCCAUGAACUCCAUUUUACCUCCAGUUUAUCCAGUUGGACCGCUUCAUGUCUUAGCUAACCGGGAGAUUGAAGAAGGCAGUGAGCUUGGGAAGAUGGGGUCGAACUUAUGGAAAGAGGAGACUGGAUGUUUGGAUUGGCUCGAUACUAAGGCUCCAAACAGCAUUGUUUACGUUAACUUUGGGAGCAUAACCGUUAUAACUGCGAAGCAGCUUACAGAGUUCGCUUGGGGUUUGGCAGGUAGUGGGAAGGAGUUUUUAUGGGUGAUCCGGCCGGACUUAGUAGCUGGAGACGAGGCAAUGGUUCCGCCGGAGUUUUUGACGGAGACGGCAGACCGGAGGAUGUUGGCAAGUUGGUGUCCUCAGGAGAAAGUUCUUUGCCACCCGGCAAUAGGAGGUUUCUUGACGCAUUGUGGAUGGAACUCGACGUUGGAGAGUCUCUGUGGAGGUGUUCCAAUGAUAUGUUGGCCGUUCUUUGCCGACCAGCAAACGAAUUGUAAGAACUGUUGUGAUGAGUGGGAGGUAGGGAUGGAGACUGGGGGAGAUGUGAGAAGGGAGGAAAUUGAGAAGGUGAUUAGAGAGUUGAUGGAUGGUGAAAAGGGAAAGAAAAUGAGAGAGAAGGCCGCCGAGUGGGGGCGCUUGGCUGAGGCAGCCACUGAGCAUGAGCGUGGUUCCUCGGUUGUGAAUUUUGAGAAGGUUGUUAAGGUUCUUUUGGACAGAGACCAGAGGAUUAAAAAAACAUAAGAUGAUCACUGAAAUGUGUGUUAUUAAUAUACUGAUUUCCAAAUGUGUAUUGUUUUCUUUCCAUCGUGUAUCUUUGGUGCUUGGUUAUUGGACUGAUAUAUUUCAGACAUUCGUAAUGACAAUAUUGAUUUGUGUGUGAUA